ACCAGCUGCCAUUUUCUGAGCCUAAUUGCAGGAGAUACAGAUCAAUCGAUCGAUGGGGAAGAAGGCAUUAGGACCCACUGGAGAGUUCUUCAGGAGAAGGGAUGAAUGGAGGAAGCAUCCUAUGCUCACAAAUCAGUUCCGUCAUGCCACUCCUGGCCUUGGAAUCGCCCUUGUUGCUUUCGGCAUCUAUCUCGUUGGUGAAACUGCUUACAACAAGAUCUACGCUCCUUCUCACAGCCACUCACCUUCUUCACCUUCUCACUCUCACUGAGAUUGAUUUCCCCUU